GGCUGCUGGAGUCACCCAGUCCCCAAGACACCUCAUCCAAGGCCAUGGUGGGGAGGCCGUUCUGAAAUGCCACCCCAUCUCCGGACACAACCGUGUGUACUGGUACCAGUAGGCUCAGGGGCAGGAACCCAGGCUCCUCAUUCGAGAGCACAGUCACGGGGACAAAGGUAUCCAGUCUCCUGGGGCCUCAGCUGGAACCAAGGGAGACUCACCCAUGACCACCCAGAGACCUGGGCUCAGGUGGCCGGGCUCCCACCAGUGGAACCAGAAGACGUGACAUCCUGCCCUGGAGUAGCAAUGGUCUCCAGGCUCUUCUUCUACAUGGGUCUUUGUCUCCUGUGGGCAGGACACCUGGAUGCCACAGUCACUCAGAGUCCAAGAUACAAGGUCACGGGGACAGAAAAGAAAGUGACACUGAGUUGCCACCAGACUUAUAACUACGACUAUAUGUACUGGUAUCGACAAGAUCCGGGUCACGGGCUGAGGCUGAUCUAUUAUUCAUAUGGUAUCGGCAGCAUCGACAGAGGAGAUGUCCCUGAUGGAUAUGGUGUCACUAGAUUAAAUACAGAGGACUUCUCUCUCAUGCUGGAGUCAGCCACCCCCUCCCAGACGUCUGUGUACUUCUGCGCUAGCAGUGAGUCCACAGUGCUGCACAGCUGCCUCCUCUCUGCACAGAAAGUGUCAGUAGAAAGCCUAGGGUUGCACUCUGAGUCCUGGCCCAACCCCCAGGAAGUUUCUGACAGUGUGGGCGCCUUACAGAACUGGACACUAUGA